AUGUUUAGACAAUUGCUUAAAACCUCUCCCAGAUCCUUCAGACCUGCUGUCCAAUUGCAAACCCUUCAACUCAGAAAUAUCACUUUUGAUUUGUCCAAACAACCAAGAAUCAGAAUUGGAUCUGAAGCACCAAACUUCGAAGUCGACACCACCAAAGGAAAAAUUGACUUCCACAAGUUCAUUGGUGACAACUGGGUUGUGUUCUUCUCCCACCCCGCCGAUUUCACCCCUGUGUGUACUACUGAAUUGGGUGCUUUUGCCCAAUUAGAACCAGAGUUUUCCAAAAAAGGUACCAAGUUGAUUGGUUUGUCGACCGAACCAGUUGAAAGCCACAAGGCUUGGAUCAAGGACAUUGAAUCUUACAAAAACACUUCCGUCAACUUCCCCAUCAUCGCUGAUGACACCAAAGAAAUUGCUUUCAAGUACGACAUGUUGUCCGAAGAACAGUUGCAAAACAUCAACAGCGGAUUGGUGCCAACCAUUAGAUCCGUUUUCAUCAUCGACCCAGCUAAGAAGAUCAGAGCCAUCAUCUCAUACCCACCAUCUUUGGGAAGAAACUCUGCUGAAGUGUUAAGAGCUGUUGAUGCUUUACAAACUGCUGACAAGAAUGGAGUAGUUACUCCAAUUGAUUGGACUCAAGGCCAGGAUGUUAUCAUUCCUCCAACGGUGAGUGAUGAAGCUGCCAAGGCCAAAUUUGGUGAAUUCACCAAGCACUUCAACUACUUGAGAACCACUAGCUUAAAGUAA